UCCAUGUGGCCUCGCAUAAUUGCAGAAUCCGCUCAACUUGGAUGAAAUUGAUGUCGGGAGUUUCAAGUCCAGCCCACUCCCUCUCCUCUUAAUUUAUCGCUAAACCUCUGUCGCAUUCCACUGUCUUCACCCUCACAGUGCUCGUCCACCAUGCUGACCCACUUGUUCCGUAUUCACGGCCAUGUGGUGGCUUCCCAUCCAUGGGAGGUCAUCGUAGGCACCGUCACCCUCACGGUCUGUAUGAUGUCGAUGAAUAUGUUCACUGGAAACGACCAAAUCUGUGGCUGGAACUUUGACUGCCCCAAAACAGAUGAGCAAAUUCUGAGCAGUGACAUCAUCAUCCUGACCAUCACACGUUGCAUUGCCAUCGUCUACAUUUACUUCCAGUUCCAGAACUUAAGACAACUGGGAUCCAAAUAUAUUUUAGGCAUUGCAGGGCUUUUCACAAUUUUUUCCAGCUUUGUAUUCAGCACCGUGGUCAUUCACUUCCUUGAUAAAGAGCUGACUGGCCUUAAUGAGGCGCUACCUUUCUUUCUGCUCCUGAUCGAUCUGUCCAAAGCAUGCGCUCUUGCAAAGUUUGCCCUUAGUUCCAGUUCUCAGGAUGAAGUUAGGGAAAAUAUUGCUCGAGGUAUGGCAGUAUUGGGACCUACAUUCACCUUAGAUGCUCUGGUGGAGUGCUUAGUGAUCGGUGUGGGAACCAUGUCAGGUGUUCGACAGUUAGAAAUAAUGUGCUGCUUUGGCUGCAUGUCUAUUUUAGCCAACUAUUUUGUCUUCAUGACAUUCUUCCCUGCAUGUGUGUCACUUGUUCUGGAGCUUUCUCGUGAGAGUCAGGAAGGCCAUCCGAUUUGGCAGUUGAGCCAGUUCUCUCAGGUGCUGGAGGAAGAGCAAGAUAACAAACCAAAUCCUGUCACCCAGAGAGUAAAAAUGAUUAUGUCUCUGGGCCUUGUUAUGGUUCAUGCUCACAGUAGGUGGAUUGCUGAGCCCCUGUUGCUCAAUGCUACAGUGGGAAUUCCACAGGGUGCCAUUGAUGAAGAACACCUGUCCCCCAGGAGGAUCGAACCAGAGAUACCUCUGUGGCAAUUUUACCUUACCAGAAUGAUCACCAUGGAUAUUGAGCAGGUGAUCUGCUUGUCGUUGGCUCUGCUUCUGGCCAUUAAGUACAUCUUCUUUGAGCAAGCGGAGAUGGAAUCUACCCUAUCAAUAAGGAACCCCAUCACUAUGUCCACCCUACCCUUGGCUCCACGGCAGGCCAUGGAGACUUGCUGCAGGAAGGAGCUUGAGCUUCUCCAACACCACGCACCCUCUCCCAGUUUGCCUUCCACCACACCAUCCAACAGGGAAGAUAUAGCUUCUCCAGAUGAGGUUAUCCGGCCCCUGCUCAGUCCUCUUAAUGAUCCUGGGUCACAUAAUGACUUCAUUCUUGGUGAAGGAGAAGAAGAGACCAAAUCUGAUAGCACAGAGCCUCACCUUCCAUUGAAGCCUAGAGGCAUUUUUGAGUGUGUGGCCAUUCUCAACAAUCCACAGCAAGGACCUCGUUUCCUGACUGAUGCUGAGGUGAUGAUGCUGGUAGACUCCAAACACAUUCCUGCUUACAAACUGGAGGGCGUCAUGGAGAAGCCUGAGAGAGGUGUGGCCAUACGGAGACAGAUGCUGUCAGAAAAGCUCUCCUCUCCCUCUGCACUCUCGUCGUUGCCAUUCACAGAUUAUGACUACUCCAAGGUUAUGGGGACCUGCUGUGAGAAUGUCAUUGGAUAUAUACCUGUGCCGGUGGGCGUGGCUGGGCCGCUACAUCUGGAUGGGAAGCAGUUCCAAGUUCCCAUGGCAACAACUGAGGGAUGCCUUGUGGCGAGCACGAAUCGAGGAUGUCGGGCAAUUGCGCUUGGAGGUGGAGCCAGGAGUCGCAUCCUGGCUGAUAGCAUGACCCGUGGGCCUGUGGUGAGGCUGCCUUCUGCUUGCCAGGCUGCCGAGGUUAAAGCCUGGCUCGAAAGCAAUGAUGGCUUCCAAGCAAUCAAAGAAGCGUUUGACAGCACCAGCAGGUUUGCUCGGCUCCAGAAGCUUCUUGUUGGUCUGGCUGGAAGAAAUCUCUACAUUCGUUUUCAUUCGAAGACAGGUGAUGCAAUGGGAAUGAAUAUGAUCUCUAAGGGUACAGAGCAAGCUUUGAACAAACUUCAGCAACACUUUCCAGAGCUGCAUGUUUUGGCUGUCAGUGGGAACUACUGUACAGAUAAGAAACCAGCUGCAAUCAACUGGAUAGAAGGCAGAGGAAAAUCAGCAGUCUGUGAGGCCACCAUCCCUGCUCAUGUGGUCAGAGAGGUUUUGAAGACCUCAACAGAAGCUCUGGUGGAGGUGAACAUCAAUAAAAACCUGGUGGGCUCGGCCAUGGCUGGCAGCAUCGGUGGAUUUAACGCACAUGCAGCUAACUUGGUAGCAGCCAUAUACAUUGCCUGUGGACAGGACCCUGCCCAGUCAGUGAGCAGCAGUAACUGCAUCACCCUGAUGGAGGUUUCAGGGCCGAUAGGGGAAGACCUUUACAUCAGCUGCACCAUGCCCUCCAUAGAGCUCGGCACUGUAGGGGGUGGAACCAACCUGCCUCCCCAACAAGCUUGCCUCCAGAUGCUGGGAGUACAGGGGGCCAGUGAGGUUUGUCCGGGGGACAAUGCCAGACAGCUUGCCAAAGUGGUGUGUGCCACUGUGCUGGCUGGAGAACUGUCACUCAUGUCUGCUCUGGCAGCUGGCCACCUGGUCAAGAGUCACAUGACACAUAACAGAUCCAAGAUGAACCUCCAAGAGAGCGUGGGAACCUGCACCAAGCAAGCCUCCUGAGAGCAUGAAGGCAGCAUGGCUCCCCUCCGUGUGCCCUGUCACUUGCUGAAUCAGCUUGUCCAGGACCAUAUGGGCAAAUGAGGAACUGAAAUGAAGACAGACUGAAAGUGCUU